AAUCCUAGCCAAUCAUUAACAAGCGAAGUGUCACCAGAAUGUGGAAUUCCACAGCACGUGUUUGCUUAUAAAUAACGUUCGAGAUAAUUGAAAGUGUAAGCCUAUUAUUGAAUUUAACCGUCGAGGCACAAGUUGAGAGGUAGUGCGGCUUGAAAGUUUAAAUUAUGAUUAUCGAGGUUCAUAAUAAUGUUAAAAUGUUAAACAACGGAGAAGAAUAUAAUCAUUUGUCUUCAUCACUAAGUCGCAAACGAGUUGACAGCAACGGUUCUAGAAGUAAAAGAGUGUUGUUACUUUCAGCCCGUACUAACGAGAUGGAUGGUGAAGGCUACGAUUCCAGCUCGUCAACAACCGGCAGCAGUAACGAGGGAGACAAAGACUUAGAAAAUGGAAAUUCUCUUGGUUAUUACAAAGAAUAUUCUGACAGUGAUAAAGGAAAAGACUCUGGAAUAGAAUGUUCACCCACUACAGAUGAGGAUUUUCAAGAACCUAACAAAGAUAUGAUGAAAAAUAUUAUAAAACAGGUUGAGUAUUAUUUUUCCAACGCAAGCCUUCUGAAAGAUCCAUUUCUGUUGAAGCACGUACGUCGAAAUAAGCAGGGGUACGUAAGUUUAAAACUUAUAGCUUCAUUUCGAAAAGUAAAGAGUUAUACCAAAAAUUGGAAAGUUGUGGCUCACAGCUUAAAACAAUCAGAAAAGUUAGAAAUAAAUGACGAUGGCACCAAAGUACGAAGAAAAGAACCCUUACCUGAUUACGAUGAAACAGCGCCAUCUAGAACCGUAGUUGCAUUUAAGUUACCUUUCGAAAAGCCCUCGGUCGAAAAUGUUGGAGAAAUAUUUUCAAAGUGUGGUGAUAUUACUCUAAUCAGAAUUAUUCGACCUGAUGGAGUCAUUCCUGCUGAUAUCAAGAAAUUUCUUCAUAAACAUCCCGAGAUAGGCUCAAGUGUUUGUGCUUUGGUUGAAUUCGAGAAACGCGAGAGUGUAUCUCUCGCUUCAAAGGACUUCCUUUCUAAACAUGUUGAUUGGCGUUCUAUACAAGUUAUUCCUCUUGUUAAAAACGCUUCUCUAAACCUGAAUAAUGAUAAAAAUGACAAGAAAGACAAAGGAAAUGGAAAGAAAAAGGAUAAGCGACAGGAUUACUUAAGCCAGCAUAGAAAAUUUGAAUCAUCCAAAGGCAGUAAUUGCUCAGAGAAGGAACAUUCGUCUUCAGGCUUAAGAUACUUCUCCUUACAAAACUAUAGUCAAGAAUCAGUUCUUCGUCCUCAUAGUUUCAGCUAUAACCAGAAAGUCUCUAAGAGCCAGAGCAGUUUCCAAGAAAAUGUUUGCAAGCCCUUAGCGCGAAAGAAAUCUAAUAGCUAUUCUGAUGGAGACUCGCCCAGUCCAAAAUUAACUUUGGUCAGCCCAUGGGUACAGCGACGUAUAAUGGCAGCUAAAGAAAGAGGUCACAACGGUUCUGCUCACAACUCUCGACUACUGAUUCCUGAUGGUGUGACUAGGCUUCCCAGGGGUCCUGAUGGCACCAUUGGUUUUAACUGGAGCCAAGUAAAACUUCGCACCCAGUCUGCCCCUUCUUCCAUGAUGACCGUUGAGUUAGGAAUAUGAACUGGGAAAGUAUUUAAUGUACAUUUAUAAAACAUGGUACCAUAAAUUGUAUUAUAUUAUUUUUGUUUGUUUUUCUUGAAAGAUCUGUUAUCCAGUCUGUUGGAUUGUUCAUUGUAUUAUAUUGUAAAAAAGUGUACAUAUGUUUUGUUGUUUUUUGUACAAUUAAUACCAAAAUGUUUACAUUCAGCGAAAAACGACAUGUAAUGUUAUUUCUUAUGUAUAUAAUUGUUUUAUAAUGAUAUAUAUUAAAAUGUCAGAUUAUAUAUCUGAAUCUGUGUGUCAAAUUGAUUCGCCAGAUAAACAUUAAUAAUUAAUUUAAAAUGGAUAGCUAUUGUCGUAAAUCAACGUACAGUUAAUGUUAUUUUUUCCUUCAAGUUAUUUGCAGCUUUAUCACCGAAAUAUUGUUCUCUAGUUUUUAGUUAUGAAAGAUACUUCUAACAUUUUAUUAUGUUAAAUUGGCAAAAGUAUGAUUGCAGAGUGGCCGUUUCAUGGAUACUAAUGAACGACUAAUAAGUAAUCAUUUCUAGCCAAUAGAGGGAGAUAUAUUGUAUUUCCUAUUACAGUUAGAACAGUUUAUUUCUGGGACAAUCGUCAAGGGCACAUACCUUGGUUCAAUACACAUAGAUGUUUCAACUGUGAGCGUGUGUGGGGUCAAACUUUACAAAAACAUAUUUUUUCCUACAGUUCCCUUUAUUUCUAUCACUCCAAAUGACACUUGGUACAAAUAUACCUUGUAAUAACCCCAUAGAAAAAAGUAGACUUAUUUAGGAUUUGUACCUUUCUCUUAAUUUGACAGUGGUCAAAGUUUAAAAAAAUGCAAUUGGUGUAAUAGGGGUGUUAUUUAAACGUCACAAGGUGUUUUAUCUAUUCUUUUUUAACCAAAAACUGAGUGUAAAGUCUUGCCAUUAUCAAUAAAUCUGUUCACGCAGAAAUUCCCUAUAUGUUUUAUAUGCUCCUUACCAUAAAGUCUCAAUUUGAUACAGUGUUAAGUAUUUAUUAGUCUGAAGUAUUUAUAUUGUAUUCUAUGCCCCUUUCUCCAGCCUUGAAUGCCAUUUUUACUUGAAAUCUUCUGUAUUAUGAGGAUCAUAUCGAAUGUAGUGGAUGGGAAGAGACAUUAGUUUACGAAUGUCACUUUCUCGUUCCAAUUUUUUAAAAUAAAAGUGAAAUUGAUA